AAUCCAUCUAAAACCAGCUCAUCAUAACCACUCCAACUACCAGCACUAUAUACUUCAUUACAGCAUCUGGACAUCAUGCUGCGCCUGCUGCUGUGCUACGUGCUGUGUCUCUCCUUGACCUGCACUGCCGCCCAGAACUAUGACUACUGCCUAGAGAAGGAUGGCCAGAAUUCCUGCGCUAGCGUGGAGGUCAACCUCGACGACGAUACUAUCUCCUACACCAUGGAGGAGGACGACCACUUCCAGGCGUCCCAGACAGUCGAAUUCUACGAAGAGGGAGUUGCUGCAACAAAAGUGUUGAGUGGAGACAACGAAGGCGGAUGCUUCUUGAGAGGACUGGCAAACACCAUUAACGAGAAGAUGGAGUUUCUUGAGACCAACAACAACGCUGUCACAACAAUUACUAAGAACACUGAGGUAGCGACGAUGUCCCUGGAUGGAGCCAACUUUCCUCAACUCUCAAAGACGAUCACACAGUUUUGUGGGGACCAUAUAUCUGGCUAUCUUAUUAACGAGUCUGGUGAUCCUAUAACUGACAGUGACGGCGAUUACGCAGACAGUAACGAGGAAGGAGACGGUAACGAGGAAGGAGACGGUAACGAGGAAGGGGACGGUAACGUGGAGGACUCCAAGUGUUUCUUCUUCAGUACUAUACCAAAAUGCUUCACUAAUACUGUCGUCUCCAGUGAUAAGAGGGGCAUCCAUCCACGUCACUCGAAGGGAUUCACGAUUUUUAGGCGUCCUGGUUGUGUACGCCCCACUAGACUUCCUGGCUUUCCAGUGCGACCUCGGCCUUUUGUCUACAUUCGACCUCAUAAACCCCGUCCUUUCGGCUUUAGACUCCCCGGAUUCAGGCCUUUUCGCAAUCGAUUCCAAACUGGCCGCUGAGGAGCCCGUCCCCUCCUCAAACAUUUUUCGGAACCAAAGUUAGUUCUAAACACGCAUUCAUGCUUCACAAGCAACUUCUUGAUACACAAUUCUAUUACAAGAACUUUUUGAUGGAACUGGAAGGACGCUGUGUUACUCGCAAGUUCUGAAAAAUUUUCUGAGUCUUCAAAUCUGUUAUAUCCGGUUAGUUUCUUCAGGUGCCAGCCUUGUGUUAUCAGAUGAUGAUGAUCCGUUUUCACGAAGGCAACUUGUUUACUAAUGAAGCGGUGUCUUGGUGUUUACAAGGUUUAAUCAGCACAUUAUAUAACACCCACAGCCCUGGCCUCACCCAUCACCACCCCAACAUUUCUCUCACAUGUUUGUGUCAUAUCAAAAUGUUGAUCUUAUAAGUUUCAUUAAUACGAGUUGUUGCCUUCCUGUGUUAAUAAAGUGUUCUGCAGAGAAAAUAAA